ACGUUUAAGGUUGUUCAUUUCCCAGGUUUCCUAUCCUUGUUUCCCGCUGUUUGUACUUCAACAGCCUCCACCCACCUCGUACUUACCCCCACUUCUUCUUCGGGUCCUUCAGCUACUCGGGUCUGUAUGAAUCCCUUCGUUUAAAUUUCAUCUUAAUCCUUCGUUUCCCCCAAAAUACUCCCCCCCCUAACCAGCCAUGAAAUCAAACGAAAACUACUACGAUAUCCAGAUCAAGGCCACCAAGAAGAACAACAAGGCCAUCGUUCCGCCCAGAAGAAUCAAUUCCCAGUCUUCCAUUGCUGAUAUGUGUUCAAAUGCUUCCAAAAGACCUAGUGAUUACUACAUCAAAAAGUUGAGCAGCAGCUCCGUGAACUUGGCCAAACGCCCUAUCUCCGGCGACUCCAUAGUGCUGUUGAACUCCACGUACUCCGAUGAUAUCAGUGUAAACUCCUCCAGUUUUGACCAUCAUGAUUCGAGGUUGAGCUCCAUGACCUCCAACUCCAUAAUAUCCCCAAGUGACUCGCCCACCUUGAAGUCUCACUCCGGAAAGGCUGACGAUGGCUUCAACCAUAGCUUGUCGACCAUCACAGAUGACGCGGCAUUGGUGGAGGAUCUGAUUGCUGAAUCGUCUUUCAGAGUGCAGCGCAAUGUUUCUAUAAAGUCAACUAACACAAUCGCCUCACUGGCAUUCUCGUCUUCGUCUCUCACAUUGACGAGGACAAAGACCAAGUAUUUGAGCCAGGAGGAAAUAAAAACUCGCCAGAAGUUGAGAAAGAAACAGUUUGAUGACAGUUACCUUGAAGAUGACAUCUUGUCGAGUGACCUUAGUUUUGUGUUCAACGUACCAGUAAUGAAGAGCCAGAGUGAACUCUACUUCAAAAAGACCAUUAGAAAGAACUUGGUUGAUGACGACCACUAUAAACCGUUUCCUUUGCCUGGUAAAUUAAGAAGCAAUUCAACCCCUAACCUCAAACCUUUGAACACGUCUUCUAUCAACGUUUCCGAUAGCGUUAUUGAGGAGGAUGAAUCGCAAGGCACCAUUGACGACGACUCUCAAAUCGUUGAUAACAUCUCCAAUUACUACAGCCAAAGAUCAAAAUCUUACUCCAAGUUGGUGCAAAUGUCCAGACACGAAAAUAUGAUGUUUAAAUUGCCUGCUUAUGUGAAGUCACAGUCGUCUAUUGAGGACUUGAAUUUGAUCAGUCCUGAAAAGUUGAACUUCGUCGAUCAAACAAGACCUAUUUAUUUGCCUCCUAAACCUGAAACCGAUAAGGCCAAACACAAUAAAGAGAUGCAAAAGAUGCUUAAGGAUUUUGAGAGAUCUUCCUUUACUUUCGAAUCCAGCCAUGAGAGUGACUGGAGCAGCUUAAUCAAUGAUAAGAACUUUGCCAGAAGAGUUGUAAAUGAAAAAAAUAUUAUCCGGAAAAUGAACUGGGAUUCCAACUGUCCCGAAUCCUUGAGAUAUGAAUAUUUGGUGCUGUUGUUGACGUAUAAUAAUCCUGAUUUAACAAAGAAGGUCGAUGACAACUUUACUAAUUUAAACUCUGUCUAUUCAAGUUUGAAUGAUUCAAUCAAACGCAACCGUAAUAUUGAAUUCGAAAAAGUUGUCAAGUCGGUGUCUGAAAGGCCGUUGUUCAGCUCUAAUUUGAGCCUUGCGUCUAAUUUAACCCGUCCAGAUAGUAAAGCUUUCAAAAAGAACUUCCUAACCAUUUUGUUUCUCAAGUCUAUCGACAAUAACUUGCACAAGCAUGACGAAACAUUCUUGAUUCCUGUCAUCGUUCUUCUUUUCAAGGACAGAAGCACCCAAGAACAAUUUCGGUUGAUUGAGUUAAUCAAUCAUCAAAUAUUCACUAAAGAAUUAAAAGUCGAAGUCAAUAAGACGUUCGAAAGAUGGUCUAGUAAAUUACCCAAGAAGAUUGAUAAUUAUUUGCAAAAUUUCAAUUUGAAGGAGUUCACCAAUUUGGACUUUAACCGGUUUUUUGAAGUCUUGAUUCAGUUCAAUGAUAGGUUACCUUUGAGUAUGUCUGCUUCUUUACCAUCAACACCUGUUUCAGCAGGUGCCAAUCGUCAUAUUGACUCAUGCUCUUUGGAACUCAUAUACAAGUUUUUGCAGUUGCUCAUCAUCUAUAAUGUGAACUCCAAAACCAAGAUCUUCAAUCAUACCAAAAUAAUUCAAAGUUACUUAAUAAUAAUUAUUAAGUACUACCACAUCAACUGGAAUGAUUUUAACGAACUUAUCAAGCUCAAUAAGUCUAUCAAAUUGAACUUUAAUACCAACAACCUGAUCAAUUUGAACAACUUUAAUGACAAAUGGAAGGUUAUUUUCAAGAAUAUAUAGACGUAUGUACAUACAAACUCACAUAUCAAUGUCAAUUAUGUCAGGAUUGGAUGGCUUGGAAGUAGUCGAAGAACCCAUGACAAACCCAACAGGAUCAGCAGCAGUUUCUUUCAAUUUGGUCUUGAACCGUAACAUCUUUUUGAAGGUCAGUUCAUUUCCGUAUUCUAAUUCAAAGUCUUCCCAGUCCUUAAAGGUAUAAUUAAUGUUUGAAUGACUAUACUCAUAUAGAGUUCUGACUCUAUCAUACUGUUUGUUGGCAAUUUCAAAUUUGAUAAACUCUUUCAAGAGCUUCAUCAAAGAUUCUUUGGUCAACUUCAAAGUUAGCCACUUCUCGAACCACUGUCUUAAAUCAACAUUGUUGUGGUAUUUGCUGCUUAGAAGCAAAAUCAAGUCAAUAGGAUCAAGAGAUGUUGACAUGAUAAAGUCGUUCACGAUGUUGAAUGCCUUGAUUAUAAGGCCAUUAUCAUACUCAAAUUCAGAAUACAACACGAUAAUGGGCUUCACCAAUUCAUUGGGAAGCUCAAUCAAGCACUUGUCAAACAAAUCCCGUAUUCUCUCUUUAUCCUCGUUGAACUUUAUUGACUGAACCAAGUAAUUAUUGUAUAUCUCAAACCUGAUUCUAGAAUCGUUGAAUUCCUUUAACCCUAUUUCGUAUAUCUUAUAGGACUCCUUCACUCUGCCUUCAUCUUGGAGAAACUUAGCAAACUGGAAAAUCAUCAACGGAGUGGCGUACUUUAAUUCGAUCAUCUUAUAGUAACUGGCUGUUAUUCUGUCGAUAUCAUCGAUAUUGAUUUCCAAUACCUCGAAGUAGUAAGACCAUAAUUUCAUUGACUUAGAG